GCCCCGCCCCCUCCUCCCGCGCCGACGUCACGUGGUGCGGGCGGGCCACGCCCCCUCCCUGCCGGUGGGUCAUGUGACAGCGGCGGCGCCAAGAUGGCGGCGUCCUGCGAGGAAUUGCAGUAGCAUGGAAGGGAAUUCUUCCUAAUGGACAACUGAGCACAUCAGGACUCCUGAGAGAGACUCUGAAAGCUGGAAUCAUGCUGAACAAGCCGGUGCUGGUGGAGUCCCUGGUGGUGUUUGCCAUCGUGCUCUCGGUGCACGGGGUGGUGUGGGACCGGUUCUCCUGGUGCGCCCUGGCCUUGGCCCUCCAGGCCUUCUACGUCCAGUUCAAGUGGGACCGGCUGCUCCAAGGAGGGGGAGCCGUGUUCCAGUUCCGGGGGGCGGCCAACAGCGGCCUCCUGCCCGCCAGCAUGGUCAUCCCCCUGCUGGGGAUCGUCAUGAAGGAGCGCUGCCGGGCCGCCGGCAUCGUGUACUUUGAGCGCUUCGGGGUCGUCGUGGCCUCCACGGGGAUGCUGCUCGCGCUCUUCCUGUCGGUGCUGGCGGUUGGCAUCACCAAACCCGUGCCAACCAACACCUGCAUCCUGACUGGCAUGGCCGGCAGCGUCAUCAUCUACACCAUGAAACACUCCCUGGCUGUCUCAGAAGUCAUAGAGGUCCUGGAAGUGCUGCUCAUCUUUGUCUACCUCAGUAUGAUCCUGCUGUACUUGCUGCCUCGGUGUUUCACUCCCGGGGAAGCGCUGCUGGUUCUUGGAGGUGUGAGUUUUGUCCUCAAUCAGCUCAUUAAACGCUCACUGAAUGUGGUCGAGGGCAAAGGGGAUCCCAUUGACUUCUUCCUUCUGGUGGCAGUUGUUGGAGUUGUUCUCCUUGGUCUUUUUUUCACUGUGCUUUUCAUUUUCAUGGAUUCAGGCACGUGGAUCUCCUCCAUGUUCUUCCACAUGAUGACAGCAGUGUUGGGCUUAGGGGUCAUCAUGCCUUGGCUGUACAGACUCAUCCAGAGGAACCCUCUGCUCUGGCUGCUGCAGUUUCUGUUUCAGACAGAGACAAGACUUUACCUUCUUGUGUACUGGACCCUCUUGGCUGCCUCAGCCUGUGGGGUGGUUUUCUACCAGAACGCAAAGAGAUCGUCCGAAUCCAAAAAACACCAGGCCUCCACUAUCACCAGGAAAUAUUUCCACUUCAUUGUUGUAGCCACUUAUGUCCCUGGACUCAUUUAUGACCGUCAGCUCCUCUAUGUUGCUGCAGUGCUGUGUCUGGCAGUGUUUAUCUUCUUGGAAUACGUCCGGUACUUCAGGAUCAAACCCUUCGGCCAAACCCUCAGGCAUUUGCUGUCCCUCUUCUUGGACGAAAGGGACAGUGGCCCUCUAAUCUUGACUCAUAUUUAUCUCCUCCUGGGCAUGUCCCUCCCAGUGUGGUUGUUCCCCAGAUCUUGUGCUCCCAAAGGCACCUUGUCUGGGGCAGGAGCACUGGUGCCCUACUCCGGAGUGUUGGCAGUGGGGGUAGGAGACACUAUUGCCUCUGUUUUUGGCAGUACAAUGGGGGAGAUCAAAUGGCCAGGAACAAAGAAGACCUUUGAAGGGACAAUGACAGCUAUUUUUGCUCAGAUCAUUGCUGUGGCCCUGAUUCUGAUCUUUGACAGCAGUGUGAAUCUGAACUCCAGCUACGCCUGGAUUCUGGCUUCUGUGAGUUUGGUUUCUCUGUUGGAAGCUUAUACCACCCAAAUUGAUAACCUGCUGCUGCCUCUCUACCUCCAGAUCAUGUUCAUGGCAUAGAAGCACUUCCAGGAACAGAGGUUUCUCCCUUCCUAGAGAAAAGUGGUACUAGAAAAUGCACUGUAAUGGAAGCUCAAAGCUGACCUAAACACUACUUUUAGUACAGCAGAGAAAAUUGUUAAAAUCAGAAAUGAGACUUAUUUAAAAUAAAGGUUUUGAUUUGGUCUUGUUUUCCACCCUGUUGAAAACAGCCUGAGUUAAGUUCUCACAGCAACAAAUAUGACUGAUAAAAACAGCCUUUGUUUAAUAAUCCAACUAUCCAAGUUUCUUCUGGGGGCCCAGAGGCAAAGGAAGCAGAGGGAGAAGAGGUAAGUCAAUUAAAGGAGAAAAAAUAAAUAAGCAGAUCUCUCAGAUGUUGCCACCUCUGUAUUGUACCUUGUUUUCUGUACUGAGUCCUGCAUCUUGUAUUAGUGAACGUGUGAACCCUCAUUUCUGCAUGAGCACCAUGUAAAGCAUGUUUGAUAACAAGGGUGGGCACUCAGAGCAGGUACAAGAGUCCAGAUGUGUCCAGUCCAUCAGCAAGAGCCACAAACACAACUCCAAACUCAGGAGCUGCCACGUCCAUGGUGGGUGGGGAAGGUUUGGGAAUGCCAGACACUACUCAUUCCAAGUCCUACUAAUAACAACAGUACAUUUUUAGUCCUGAAGUUUUAUUCAAUGAGAAGAAUGUUUUGCCUUUCCCAAGAUUUUAAUCUCUAAAUCCACUUGGAAUGAAUAUGGGGGGGAAAUUAAGCAAAGUCACAGCCAAAACUAAUUACACAUUAAUUCUGAAAGCAGAAAAUAUGUUCAAGUCAAUAAAAUUUUCUACUACUCCUGCA